CCGGCGCACCCUUGCCGACUACGGCAUUAUCCACGGCGAGUCCACCACGCUCCACCUCGACCUUCAUCUUGACAAUGGCCGCCAACGCCAACAAGGCCCUCGCCCUGGACGUCCAGAGCUCGGACACCAUUAGAGACGUCAAGGCAAAGAUCUACCACAAGCUGCCGGGCAACCCGGUCCCGUCCCGGCAGCGGCUCGUCUUCGCGGGGAAGAUGAUGGAGGAAGACGGGCGCACCCUGGAGGAGUACGGCGUGAAGGAGGAGAGCCGGCUGCACCUGGCCGUUACCCGGCCGCCGCCGCCCGUCGGGGUCUUCGUCAGGGCGCCCAGCGGCAAGCGCCUUUACCUGAGAGAAUUGGAGCUGUCGGACACCGUCUGGAGCGUUAAGGAGAAGAUCUCUGACGAGGAGCGCAUCCCGCCGGGCCGGCUGCGGGUUGUUUAUGGCGGGAAGCAGCUGGAGGACGGCAGCACCCUGGCGGACUGCAAUGUGAGGAACGGCACGUUGCUCACUGCUAUCCUUCGCCUCGGUUGCCGGCACUGCGUAGUCUGCGCUGAGCGUGUAUGUAGGCCGCGCUGUACUAGUUGA